GCUUCCAUUUCCUUAAGGAAGGAUUUUUUUCCCCCCUCUCCCUCCCCCCACCUCUCAGCGGCGUGGAAGCGGGACAGGACGGCGGCGAAGUGUCCCGAGGAAGAACUUUGCCAAGAUGUCCAGUGAUAGACAGAGGUCAGAUGAUGAAAGUCCAAGCACCAGCAGUGGUAGUUCAGAUGCAGAUCAGAGGGACCCAGGAGUACCCGAACCCGAAGAACAAGAAGAAAGAAGGCCUUCUGCAACCCAGCAGAAGAAAAAUACCAAACUCUCAAGCAAAACCACCGCUAAGUUGUCCACUAGCGCUAAAAGAAUUCAGAAGGAACUAGCUGAAAUAACCCUUGAUCCUCCUCCUAACUGCAGUGCUGGCCCUAAAGGAGAUAAUAUUUAUGAAUGGAGGUCAACCAUUCUGGGACCACCAGGUUCCGUCUAUGAAGGAGGGGUGUUUUUUCUGGAUAUCACGUUUUCAUCGGAUUAUCCAUUUAAACCUCCAAAGGUUACUUUCCGAACCAGAAUCUAUCACUGCAACAUCAACAGUCAGGGAGUCAUCUGUUUGGAUAUUCUGAAAGACAACUGGAGUCCCGCUCUGACGAUCUCAAAAGUCUUGCUGUCUAUCUGUUCCCUCCUGACAGAUUGCAACCCUGCCGAUCCCCUGGUCGGAAGCAUAGCCACUCAGUAUUUGACCAACAGAGCCGAACACGACAGGAUAGCCAGACAGUGGACCAAGAGAUACGCAACAUAAACCGCAUAACUUUUUGCGCAGCGUGAAGAAGCAGACGGCGUCUUUACCCUGUGCGGCAGAUCUUUAUAGCCUUUACAAUACGGACUUCUGUGUAUAUGUUAUACUGAUUCUACUCUCGGCUUUUGUCCUUUGAAGACUGGGGUGCUUCCCCAGAAAGGUAAAUGCUGUGAAGGGUAGAACUUUGUAGCUGUAGAUUAGUUACGUUUAAAAUGCCUACUUGCAAGUCUUGCUUCUUUGGGAUAUCAAAAUGUAUUUUGUGAUGUAUUAAGGAUACCGUUCCUGAAGUCAACCAAAUAUUAUAGUGCAUUUUAGCCUAAUUCAUUAUCUGUAUGAAGUUAUUAAAGUAGCUGUAGAUGGCUAGAAGUUAUGUCAUUUGUAUUCAACCCAGAUCUAUUUCCGAUUAUGUGAUACAUGCUGUUGUGAGAACCGUUUUAUCUUUUACCUUCGUCGGUUUGUAAUGAAAGGAUUUCCUUUUUCCCUUUGUAGCUCAGAGAGCACCUAAUGUAUCAUCUCAAACACAAUAAACAUGUUCCUGGAAGGG